CUCUUCUUCUUUUUUAAAUCUUUUUUUGGUUUUUUCUUUCAUAUCUAUAUGAGGGAGGUUGGGUAGGAAAGAAUCCAAGUCAACUCGGACGAGUUCGAGUCUGAAAACCAUAGUUUUGGAGUUCAUUUCAUUAUCAGCCUCCAUUUUCCUCACUACCCGACCAAAUCAAACUACUGCAUGUUUCACGUACAACACUUUCUUUCCCGCCAAAGCCGCCUCACUCAAGCAGAACAUCUAGCCCAUGCAAAAGGUGGACCCAGUCGUGAAAAUCAAUCCCCACCUCUUCCAACGGCUCUGAUGCUACAUGUCUCACCAAAAUUAUCAUUUUCAUACGAUAACACCAUUUUUUGAAAAUAUCUUAUAUAUUCAAGGGCAAAUUAGUCAUUAUAUAUUUUUUAAAGUACGAAAAAAGAAAAUUCCACGACUCAUAUUGGUUUUUUGAACCGUCCGAGUCAACUCAGCGAUUUUUAAGAUCUGAAAGGCUAACACUCAUCUCUUUUCCUUCAGAGAAGCGAAUUCAUUGAGGAAAUCAUCUAAAAGGAAGAGAUGGGUUCUGGAAGUGAAAAGGAGGAUCUCGAGCACCGACUCGACCCGAGUUCCGAGUCGGAAAGCGUGGGAAGCAGUCACCGAGUUGCUUUCAGCGGUCCUUUGAGCGGGCCUUUGAGCGGCAACAGAAAAUGCGGGAACAGAAGGAGCGCGCGACUCAAAGACGAGGAAUCCUACGUGGAGAUAACGCUCGACGUUAGGGAGGAUUCCGUUUCCGUUCACGGCGUUAAGGGAGGGAGUACGGAAAUAGCGAGUACACUCGCGAAGACCCUCGAGCGAAGGCCUUCUUCGCUGGGAUCGCAGCUGUCGUUUAAGCUCAAGCAGGUGUCGCAGGAGCUGAGGAGGAUGACUUCUUCCAGAAGGUUCUCGAAGAUUGAUAGGAGCAAGUCAGGUGCGGCACGUGCCCUCCGUGGGCUACAGUUCAUGACCAAGAGCGUUGGUGGAGCAGAAGGGUGGGCCCAGGUUGAGAAACGGUUCGAUGAGCUGGCCGUUGAUGGGGUCCUCUCCAGGUCUCAGUUCGGUCCGUGCAUAGGAAUGAAAGAGACGCAGGAGUUCGCCGGAAGAGUAUUCGAUGCAUUGUCUCGGAGGAGAGGGAUAACGUCUUCUUGCAUAAGCAAGGACGAGCUUCGCGAGUUUUGGGAGCAGCUUUCAGACCAGAGCUUCGACUCCAGGCUGCAGACCUUCUUUGAUAUGGUAGAUAAGGAUGCGGAUGGACGGAUCACAGAAGAAGAAGUAAAAGAGAUUAUCACACUCAGCGCUUCAGCCAACAAGCUUUCCAAGAUCCAAGAACGCGCGGAUGAAUACACGGCUCUGAUCAUGGAAGAACUGGACCCCAACAACCUCGGAUACAUAGAGGUGUACAACCUGGAAAUGCUACUCCUGCAGGCGCCGAUCGAGCCGAAGGCGAAGAUGACGACGAACAGCCGCAGCUUGAGCCACGUCCUCAGCCAGAAGCUGGUCCCCACGAAGGAGCCGAACCCGAUCCGACGGCUGUACCGGAAGAUCGCCUACUUCGUCCAGGAUAACUGGAAGCGUAUAUGGGUGAUUGCACUGUGGCUGUCCAUUUGUGUGGGCCUCUUCACGUGGAAGUUCAUCCAAUACAAGCAUCGAGCCGUAUUCGACGUGAUGGGCUACUGCGUUACCACGGCUAAGGGAGCCGCAGAGACACUGAAGUUCAACAUGGCCCUCAUUCUGCUUCCAGUGUGUAGGAACACCAUCACAUGGCUGAGAAGCAGGACCAUGCUUGGGGCUGUAGUGCCCUUUGAUGAUAAUAUCAACUUCCAUAAGGUGAUAGCAUUUGGUAUCGCGAUCGGAGUGGGCCUUCACGCAGGUGCGCACUUAACUUGUGAUUUCCCUCGCCUCCUACAUGCGACCGAUGAAGAAUAUGAGCCGAUGAAGCCGUUCUUCGGCGACAAUCGGCUGCCAAACUACUGGUGGUUCGUCAAGGGGACGGAAGGGUGGACCGGGGUCGUGAUGGUGGUGCUAAUGGCCAUAAUGUACAUAUUGGCCCAGCCAUGGUUCCGACGCAACAAGCUCAAGCUCCCGAAGCUGCUGCGAAAGCUCACCGGCUUCAACGCGUUCUGGUACUCCCACCACCUGUUUGUGAUUGUCUAUGUGCUCUUCAUCAUACACGGCAUCUUCCUCUACCUCAGCAAGAAAUGGUACAAGAAAACGACAUGGAUGUAUCUGGCAGUCCCUAUUAUUCUCUAUUCAUGCGAACGCCUUAUUCGCGCCUUCAGGUCCGGGCACGAGUCAGUGAAGAUUCUCAAGGUAGCAGUUUACCCGGGAAACGUACUCGCGCUGCACAUGACUAAACCCCACGGUUUUAGAUACAAGAGCGGACAGUAUAUCUUCGUCAAUUGCGCUGAAGUAUCCUCUUUCCAAUGGCAUCCCUUCUCCAUCACAUCGGCCCCAGGAGACGAUUACCUGAGCAUUCAUAUCCGUACGUUAGGUGACUGGACAUCACAGCUCAAAAUGGCCUUCUCUCAGGUCUGCCAGCCACCCUCUUCUGAUCAAAGCGGCCUCCUACGAGCAGACCCCAUGCAAGGCGAACAUGUUCCAAGGUUCCCAAGGCUCCUUAUCGACGGCCCAUACGGCGCUCCUGCCCAAGACUACACAAAAUACGAUGUCCUACUCCUUGUUGGGCUCGGCAUCGGUGCGACGCCAUUGAUCAGCAUACUCAAGGACGUGCUAUAUCACAUCAAACAGAAGGAGAUGGACGAGAUUGAAGUAGAGGAUGGUGGGCCCAGACCCAAUAGGAAGCCUUUCGCUACGAGCCGGGCCUACUUCUACUGGGUGACCCGCGAGCAGGGGUCAUUUGAGUGGUUCAAGGGCGUGAUGAAUGAGAUCGCUGAGAUAGAUCACGGUAGGGUGAUCGAGCUCCACAACUACUGCACCAGCGUCUACGAGGAAGGGGACGCACGGUCUGCACUCAUCACCAUGCUACAAUCAUUACACCAUGCCAAGAACGGUGUCGAUAUAGUGUCCGGCACGCAUGUAAAGACGCAUUUUGCUAGGCCCAAUUGGCGCAAUGUGUUCAAGCACGUCGCGGUUAACCACCCCGACAAACGCGUCGGUGUAUUUUACUGUGGGGCGCCCGGAUUAACAGGGGGAUUACGAAAAUUAUCAUGCAAAUUCUCUCGAAAGACAUCAACAAAGUUCGAUUUUCAUAAGGAGAAUUUCUAGGAGAGCUUUUGUGUAAAUAUAUUACAAGUUUGAAAUUUUUUUUAUAGGCAUUUAUAUAUGUUAUUCUUGAACAAAAGCAAUGUGAUGUUUUCUUAUAGAUGAUAAUAUGGCUGUAAAGCUUGGAAAAUCUGAAAAUUACAAAUGUGAACAUCCAUUUCAAUGAGUGUAAUUUUUUAGUGUUUCA